ACAGCCGUAAGGUGACGGACAACCGUGAGGGGACGGACAGCCGUCGGGGGGAAACGAGGGGAGGAAGGCCGUGAGGGGUGCCGCCAUCUCGCCUUAGCCGCCCCUCCGCCCCGCAUAAGAAAAGUCCCCGUCUUGCGUCUUUAUAGCCGAGGAACACCUGUGGAUAGGCACUGUGAAUCAAUGGUGACUCACAAAGUGCCAGACCUACCCACAUGUCUCGAAGAAAAACAUUCAUUAGGUGAAUCCAGCACGUCCUGUAAAGAAGUACUUAACACUAAUGACAUGAAGAUGUCUGAAGUUUCCGAAGUCAUGACUAAAGCUGACAUCAAACCAAAAUCUAUACAUCGUGCCAAAAUAUGGUCAGAUGAUGUAGAGAACUUGUACAGAUUUCAGCAAGCUGGAUACAGAGAUGAGGUGGAAUAUAAACAAGUAAAAAAAGUUGAUAAGGUAGAGUGCUGGUCAGAAACUGGAUUUGUUAAGAAACUUCAGAGAAGGGACAAUACAUUCUAUUAUUACAAUAGGCAAAGAGAAUGUGAAGACAAAGAUGUCCGUAAAGUGAAAGUUUAUGUGUAUUAG